CCGCAGCCCACCUCCCACCUGGGGCUGGCACGGGGGGUCAAAGCCCCCACCCGGCGUGGCAGCCCGCAAAGAAAUCGUGCGGCAGAAACUUUCUGUCCCCUCUUCCCUCCCCGAGCUGGACUCCGGAGGGUUACGAGGGAGAAGGAGGGAAGAAAGGGAGGGAGGGAGGGAAGAGAGGGGGUUAGACAGCUCUGCAACAUUAUUGGCUGCGUGGCCGGGCUGGUGCUCGCCGGGAGAGCAUGCCCAUUGGGGGGGUAUAAAAGGGGGGCAGCCGAAGCGCCUUGCCUGUCUCCUCGCUCGUGGGGCAGCCAGCUGGGAGCAGCGGGCAGUGAGGCAGCCGGCCCCUCCGCCCCGGCCAGGGGGACGCACUCAGUAAACACAAAAGUGAGAGCCACUCAAGGGGCAGCCAAAGCAGGAGGAGAGAAAGAGAAGGGAAGAAAAAAAGGGUGAAAAAAACACCCAGGAAAAAAAGAAAAAGGAAAAGGAAAGCGCUCGCUCGCUCUUUCUCUAGAAUAACAAAAUACCUGAUCGUAACAAAAUAACAUCCUUCAGACAAAAUCCAGCAGUGACUUGACAUACCAAAAAGGCAAGGCGAGGAGAACGUGCCAGGGCCCGGGGAAGGCGAGCCAAAGCCGCGAUCGCUGCCAGGGCAGGAGAGCAGCAUGUCAAGCGCCGGGGCACACACGGAUGAGCGCUGCCGGCAGCCCGCCUUCCUUCCCGGCCCGCCGCCGCCGCCAGAAGUUGAGAGUAGCAGCGGCAGUGCCAAGGUGCAGAGGAUGUGCGCGGCGAGGCGGAUGCUGCUGCUGCUGCUGGCUUUCCUGGCCUACGCACUGGAUUCAGCGGCCGCGUACGGCACGGCGGAGACCCUCUGCGGCGGGGAGCUGGUGGACACACUGCAGUUCGUCUGCGGGGACAGGGGCUUCUAUUUCAGUAGACCGGUGGGACGAAAUAACCGGCGGAUCAACCGGGGUAUUGUGGAGGAGUGCUGCUUUCGGAGCUGUGACCUGGCUCUGCUGGAAACAUACUGCGCCAAGUCCGUCAAGUCGGAGCGUGACCUCUCCGCCACCUCCCUGUCAGGCCUGCCAGCCCUCAACAAGGAGAGCUUCCAGAAGCCCUCGCACGCCAAAUACUCCAAGUAUGACCUGUGGCAGAAGAAGAGCUCCCAGCGGCUGCAGCGGGAAGUGCCCAGCAUCCUGCGGGCUCGCCAGUACCGGUGGCAGGCAGAGGGGCUGCAAGCAGCUGAGGAAGCCAAGGUGCUGCAUCGUCCCCUCAUCUCCCUGCCCAGCCAGAGGCCUCCAGCGGUGCGAGCCUCCCCGGAGACGGCUGGCCCCCAGAAAUGAACCCUGACCAGCUGUCUCGAUUUUUGAUCUCCUGGGGGAGGGCGGGAGGACUGGUGAUUCCCGACCCCCAAGCCCCUCCGUCCCCGGGGCCGCUGAGCCAAGGAGCGGGGCGGCGGGGCACCCUCACGCCGCUCUGGCCCCAACCAAACAACUGACACAGCAAGGAGGGGAUGGCGGCGGCAGCGGCGGUGGCGAGCAGCACCGCUCCCACGGCAUCGUCCUUUAGGGGUGGGGGGGAGGGUUGUUUCGUUUCCCACACCUGUUUCAUUCCCCCGUGCCCCCAGUAUUUCCAAGCCUGUACUUGCAAAGGGACAGUUUGGCACUUGAACUUUUUGCUGCCGGGUGCUGCGUGACAUCCCCGGUGCCAACACCAGAAGACAAAAGAAAGAGCAAGAGGGAAAAAGGAUAUGAAAUUAAAAAUUUUUUUUUACCUUUUUUUUCUCGUGAAGAGUCCAUUCCAUGUCUUUCUUGACAAUAAAGUGAAAAAAAAACCACAAUAAAAUGGGGAGAAAUAUUGAGGGAUAAAAUUUUUUUGCCUCAUUCCCACCCCACUUUUUUCUUCUUAUUUUGUUCUUUUUUUUUCUUUUGGUUUUCUUAUUUUUAUAACUUUCUUUUGCACCUUUAAACAAAAAAUGUACCUUAGAAGAAGUUCCGAGGAGCCCCCAUCUGCGUUUUUGUGUGUGUGCUUCAUUACAAGAUUCCAAAUCGACUUGCACCUUUUUGAAAUCACCGAUGAUGUGAGAAAGAGAGGAAGAGGAGAGAGAAAGCGAGAAAGAGAGAAGGAAAAGGAAAGGGGAAAGAAGAAAAAAAAGAAAAAAGUGAGCUGAUGCUCACUUUAAAUGGAGAAGGCGUCUGCAUUGCACAUUUGCCACGGAUUUAGUUGAUUUAUAUAUAUAAUAUAUUAUAUAACUUUUUUGGCAAAAAAAGCACUAUUUUUAUGGGACAUUUUGUGUAGUAUCUGAAGAGGGAUUGUAAUGUUUAAAAUGUGUUAUGGUGCUAAAGUAAGUUGGAAGGGAAAAAACCCAGAAAUAGCAAGGGAGGGUGGGGAGGGAAGACAAGAUAGCGAAUACUGAACUUGAAAUUUUAGCUUUUCGUUUUAGGAAAAGUGUGAUAAAUGUGUUUCUUUUCUCUUCUGAAAUACAGCUUGGUCAUGACCAUAUGAGCUAGUUGGCUGUUACUCAUGUACACAGAUGCACGCACACACAGAAAUACAUCAACACGCAUCCUUUUUUAAAAAAAAAAAACAACAAA